CCUCCACGCUGCUGCUGUGAGCUCGGCUUCAAUGGGAGGACCUCCCCUCGGUCUCUUCAUGACUGAACGUAACGUUACCAGAGACACCUGGCUGCCAGCAACUGACAUUUUCUUUACCCAGAUGUGAAAUCUCCGGACUGUAGGAUCCAUAGAGACGCUGCUGUUGAGACGAGUUGACGUCAAGUCUGCUUUUCUUCCCCCAACAGCAUCACCGGUCCACUGAACUCCUGAGCAGCAUACUGCUCUCUUCAGGCAUUUCUUCUUCUCCACUUGCUGUUUCCCUAACACCAUCUCUGCUCCUGUGAAUCCUGUGGGCAUUACUCAGUCAGCACGCUUGAAGCCUCAGGGCAGACAGACUGACUUAGGGGCUUUAUGCACCAGCUGUCAUUAGAGGCUCUGUAGGAAAAGAUCGACAUCCUCCAGCCUGUGAAGAAGCCAUGCUUAUCUGGUCCGCUCAUGGCCGUGGCACUAUGAUCAUCACCCUCCUCCAGUCCCAGCUGAUGUUGGUUCUGGCCUUGGCUGUGCUUCUCUGCCGAGUGACAGGUCAGGGGGAAAGUGAGACACAGUCACCUGCUCAGGUGCUCCAGGACCUGCUGUCCCGCCAUGGAGACAACAGCACCAUCACGGUGCCCCAGCUGCGCGCUCUGCUGGCCCUCCUUAGCAAAGGUCAGGAUGAAGGCGACGGCGACAGCAGCAUUGUAGCUGAGAAACCUACAACCACACCUCCCAAAUCCAACAGCUCCAAGUGCUUGCCUACGGACACGCUGGCUAUUUACAAGAUCAGCGAGCAUUCACGGUUGGAUGGGCAGGGCUUACAGGAGCUGUGCCCCACCAUGCUGCAGCAGUUGGAUGCAGGCACCUGUAGAGUGCAAAAUAAGGAGGAGCCGAGCAGUGACACCUCCCCCAGGCCCACAGACGCUGAAGUCUGGGGUUAUGGGAUCCUGUGUGUGACACUGAUCUCUCUGUGUUCGCUGGUCGGGGCGAGCGUGGUGCCCUUCAUGAAGAAAACCUUUUACAAGCGACUGCUGCUCUACUUCAUAGCCCUGGCCAUUGGCACGCUCUACUCCAACGCCCUGUUUCAGCUCAUCCCAGAGGCCUUUGGGUUUGACCCAAUGGUGGAUUUCUACGUGUCCAAGUCUGCGGUCGUUUUCGGAGGAUUUUACCUUUUCUUCUUCACUGAAAAGGUCCUCAGAGUGCUUCUCAAACAGAAAAACAGGAAUCACGGUCACAGUCAUUACCCUGAUGCAGAUCAUGUGGAAGAGGGCGAAAAGGAGAAGCUGCAGCAGAACGGGGAAGCCAGCAGUCUGGCUUUGGGCAAGGUGGACGCAGGGGAGGGCGAGCUCAUGCUCAGUCCUGCACAGACACCACAGGACUCCCAGAACCCAGACAGCGGGGGGCGGUCCGGCAGCGGUGGUGGCUGCUACUGGCUGAAGGGUACGUCCUACUCUGACAUCGGCACACUGGCCUGGAUGAUCACAUUAAGUGAUGGCCUGCACAACUUUAUCGACGGCCUGGCCAUCGGCGCCUCCUUCACUGCCUCCAUCUUCCAGGGCAUCAGCACCUCAGUGGCCAUCCUGUGUGAGGAGUUUCCCCACGAGCUGGGAGACUUUGUGAUCCUGCUGAACGCUGGAAUGAGUAUACAGCAGGCUCUGUUCUUUAACUUCCUGUCGGCUUGUUGCUGUUACCUGGGCAUGGGCUUUGGCAUCCUGGCCGGCAACAGCUUCUCCCCCAACUGGAUCUUUGCCCUGGCUGGGGGAAUGUUCCUGUACAUCGCUCUGGCAGACAUGUUUCCAGAGAUGAAUGAGGUGAGUCGUGAGGAAGAGGACGCGGGCGGCAGCAGCUUCCUCCUCACCUUUGCCAUCCAGAACGCUGGACUGCUGACGGGCUUCUCCAUCAUGCUCCUCCUCACCACCUACUCUGGUCAGAUACAGCUGGGCUAGCACCGGACUCCUCUGGACCAACACCGGCCCUGACCAAUGUUGAAAGUGCUGGUUUAAACUGAUCCCCAAAAGGAGAACUUUUUUUCUCUUUAUCUUCCCAAAGUUAGUUUUAGUUUUCAGGACCCUGGAGUUUUUGAAGUUUGACUGCUGUGCGGCAGGUACGCACACUCCUCUAUUAAAAAAUAUUUGAGUAGCUGUUUGUGUGCAGUUCCCAGAUGCAGUAGAACCCAGGCGGAGGGGGUGGCAGCCUUCUUUUUAAUGUUUUAUCUACGUUUUCCUGACAGCUGCUCCCUUCUAGAAAUAUCAACUGAAGCAGUCUACAGAGACUAGAGACGUGACUCCCUCGCUGAAGAUGAACUGACGUGUAAUCCCGACCCAGUCCCUCAAACGUUUCUCUAUUUCCCAGACUACUGAUCAGCCAUUUGCCCUUAUUUUUCCUCCUCCCACCCCCUCAGUGGAUGUCAUUGAGCCUCAUCUGAGAUUCAGUAGAUACAGAGCAUUUAUAUCUCUAAUCCUCUAUGCCCGCAACACUUCCUCAGGAGGUGGGAAAAGCACAAUCAGGUAACAGCAGAUGUAUUUUUGACAUCCUUGAGUCUUUAUCCUUCUGUUUCAGACUGUUUCCCCUUUCCUUUUUUUCCAUUCCAUACCAAAAACAACUCAUUACGGAACUGACCUGGAAGUUUGUUCGUGUUAACAUAAAACUGACUUCAAGCUGUA